AUGGAAAAAUUCCAUAUCGCCAAAGAACACUUAAUACCAGAAAACUUGGAAAAAUAUGAUUUAGUUUCUUCCGAAAUAAAAUUUCAAGAUGAAGCGAUUGAAGAGAUAAUAAAGAGUUAUGUUCGGGAAGCGGGAGUGCGAGAAUUAAACCGCAAAAUCCAAACCAUUAUCCGUAAAUUUAUCUUACAGAUGAUAGAAAAAAAAGUGAAAAAUUUGGUUGUCACUCCUGAGAAGUUGCCUAGUUAUUUGAAAAAAAAGGUAGGUGGUGAUAUCUUGUUGAUUGAGGUUAGCCAUUCCCCCGGAAAAGGUGAAUUGCUUUUGACCGGUAAUUUAGGUGAUAUCAUGAAAGAAUCUGCUCAGAAUGAUAUUAGCGUGCAUGUCUUGGAAGGAGCUACUCCCAAAGAAGGACCGAGUGCGGGAAUUGCUUUAACUUCGGCCAUUAUUUCGGAUAUCACUGGUCAAGCUAUUGGUGGUUUAAAAGAAAAAGUUAUUGCGGCUCACCGCAGCAAAUUAAAGUCUGUUAUUAUUCCUAAGGCUAACCAAAAAGACAUUGAAGAUAUACCCGUUGAGACAAGACAAAAAAUUAAAAUUAUUCUAGUUGCCGAAUACGAUGAAAAAGGAGGAUUAGAAAUUCUUAAUACUGCCAAUCAAGAUGGUCCUUGGCCGCUUAAUUUAUUUCCUUUAAUAGCCAUUGAUGUUUGA